AUGGGCAACACGCAGAAGAAGAGCUACAACUUGGAAGUUACGCCUGGUGCCCAGAGGACGACGUUGCCCACCAGCGUGGAUAGCAAGCAAAGUGAAAAACCCGCUGUGAAAGUUAACAAUGAAGCGCUAGAGGUCACCGGAGUCGAGGAGGACCAGAAACUCAAAACCGUCGUCGACGGUCCUGCGAGGACUAAUAAUAGUGUCGAAGGGUAA